GCAACAUGGUACAAAGGCUCAAUCUAUGGUGCCUUCCGAAGGGAAUUUCUGCACGAAGCAGUCACGGGAACAGCUGUCGGUCCCAUUCGUGAACUCAUGCUCAAGCCGAAUUAUAUCAGGCAUCCCGACGAGUUCUUAUUCCCAACUCUCGCCUAUAACAGCCAACUCCGCCUGCCUGGAUCUUGUCUGCAUAGUCCAGCACUCAGGUCUGAGGUAAACCUAAACUACUUAGCCAAGUUUGUCAUUUGGAAAGACUACGGUAUGACUUGUGCCACGAAGUACGUUCGAAGCGUUUGCAUUCCUGGAAUGGAUCACGUGGCGUUGCUGCAGAAUGUGCCACACAUUUCUGCCAACAAGUUCCAUGCUGACUACCAACCAGAGGCAUAUGAUGCGAUGGAGCAAUGGUAUUUUCGACGAGUCACAGCUGAAAUAAAAUCAGGCUCUUACAACAGGAGCUCAUUUGAUCCGAACAUUUACGCCGAACGUUUGUGUUCACGAUAUCACAUCUAG